UGCCGCGCCCGCGGAGAGGUGAGGCCGGCCUAGGAGAGCACGGGGCAGCCCCAGGGGGUAGGCUGCGAAGGCAUUCGUGAGCGCAUACGAAAGGGGAACCUCCAUGCGUCACGCUUGCAAACGGUUGAUUAUACAUAAAAACACGGAAUUCAAUAAUAAAGCUGCUGACGUCACGGAGGCGGGCUGCGCUCUAGGGGCCGCAUUCGCGCUUCCGGAAGGCGCGCAGGAACUCGGUUUCCCGGCGUCCCCCGCGACGGGAGCGCUUGCCGACGGGGGCCGGGGAGGGCGGCGGCGACCGUGAGGAUCUUCUCGGCGUACCACGGACCGAAUGGGAGCGCCGCUGCUGCUUGGGACGCUGCUGGCGCGGGCGCGUCACUGCUUGGGAUCAGCCCCAUCGUGGGCAGGGGGAGCGGCGGGCGGCGGCGCCCGGGCCUGCAGUUCCGCGCCCGCCCGGGACAGCCGCGAGGGCCCGGCGCGUCGGCGGUCCUACUGGCGCUACGUGCGGCGCCUGGUGCUGGGCGCGCCCCAGCCGCCCUACCCGCGCGUGUGUCAGGUCGGCGACCCGGCGCUGCGGGCCGUGGCUGGCCCGGUGGAGCCGGCGCAGCUGGCGGGUCCCGAACUGCAGCGGCUGGUGCAGAGGCUGGUGCGGGUGAUGCGGAGCCGGCGCUGCGUGGGCCUGAGCGCUCCGCAGCUCGGGGUGCCGCUGCAGGUGCUGGCUUUAGAGUUCCCCGAGGCGCUCUUCCGCGCCUGCCCGCCGCGCCUGCGCGAGGCCCGCCAGAUGGAGCCCUUCCCCCUGCGCGUGUUUGUGAACCCCAGCCUGCGGGUGCUAGACAGCCGCCUGGUCACCUUUCCUGAGGGCUGCGAGAGCGUCGCCGGCUUCCUGGCUUGCGUGCCCCGCUUCCAGGCCGUGCAGAUCUCAGGGCUGGACCCCAAAGGGGAGCAGGUCGUGUGGCAGGCGAGCGGAUGGGCAGCCCGAAUCAUCCAGCACGAGAUGGACCACUUGCAGGGCUGCCUUUUCAUUGACAAAAUGGACAGCAAGACAUUUACAAACAUCUACUGGAUGGAAGUGAAUGAUUGAAUUUUUUCUGCUGCAUCUGAGGAUUCUGGAAACCAAAACACAAACACUUGGGAUUUGAGCUGGGGAAGACUUGCCUGGUAUCAACUUGAUACUGGUUUGGUCUGACAGAAAACAAUGAAUUGCCAAACCAGGUUGGAGGAAUAUAUCAAAAAUGUUUGCCCUGAAAUCAGCCAUGGACAAAAUAUUGCCUUCAAUUUGAGAAGAAAAUGAACGCCCCUGAAAGAGUGAACAUUUCCUGAUGAUUUUGUAUGGUAAUAAUUGGGGAAAAUAAAUAACCACUCUUCGUAGACAUUACUUCAUAGACCUGUGUAAUCUACCCCGAGCCAAGAUUUGAUAAUGACAUAGUCCCUAAUAUCUGAAAGUUUUGUUUAAAAAUGCCGGUUAAGACUGUGGUUGACCAUCUUCACUGAGUUCUUAUUUUUACAAAGGGCUUGUAUGUGUCUUACCUGCAGAGUCAGUCCUUUGCCUUGAACAACAGUUUGCUUGUAUAAGUAAAACAGAACAGAAUGGGCACAGUUCAUGAAGUGUUUAAUGACAGUAUUAACAUAAAUGAGUACCCACACAUUUUACCAGGGUCACAAGUUUUGGGUGAUGAUUUCCCUGCUAAGAUUUCUUGGGCAGCUGCUGUUUGGCUCAUUCUUGUGGUGGAGCUCAUGGAUCAGGGCUAGGGGAGGGAUGAUAGUUGAGGAAGCAAUGACCCUCUUCCUGUCACAAUUAGAAAAGAAAGCAAAACUUGUGCUUCCUGGUCACAGUUAUUUUUGGAAAAAUAAAUUAGCAUCAACCUGACCAACAGUUAGCCUUAAGAUACUGUCAGAGCUUUGCAGGAUGUAAAGGAACUUGUUUCUCUAGAUACUGGUCUUGCCUCAUUUUUAUGUUGUGUUUUGCAACACAGGUACUCUUACCACAAUCCUCAAAAUCCUGUUACCCAUGUAGUCAGUCCAGUAAGUUGUUUAGAAAAAACUUGUUUUAAACAGUAGUUAAUUAAAUGGAUCCAGUAUGGCUUUCUCGAAAAAGACCACCCUAGGGGGCCCUACAAGGUCAAGCCAAAGGUAACUGGCUCUCUCUGCAUUAAACUUCAGAAGGGAAUAGGAGCCAGCACUGCUCUAAGGUCAUGUUAGAUAUUCAGCCACUGGGGAGGUGUGUAUACUAAAAACAUGGAUCCUUAUUAAAAUUAGAAGUCAGUGACCCUCCUUUCCUUUUGGACAAUGUUCCUAAGCUUCUGCAGGGUGGCUUCAGAAUAUUCUGAUGCUUUCUUACCUCGCUCUGAGGUUAACGUCCUUACAGAUGCCUUUGUAAUGUAGAUCGGUAACAUCUGCCUGCAGCUUUCUGAUCUGGGGACCUGAGAGUAUGUGGCUGCUCAGAAUGGACCUUGGAGAAAACCUGAAACUCUGUAUUGCUGACAACAGGAUGUGCACUAUUGUAACCAAAUCCACCUAGGAGGAUUUGUCCAACUAGCUACUACAACCUAAAGCCACAAAUCUGCAUUUCUAAUAAAACGUCACCCACCUCAGGGAGAUGGAUCAGCCACAAUAACCACAUUCACAAAUCAUCUUGAGCUAAGGAAUGUUUCAGAAGUCAGCUACCUUAGAAGUCAACUACCAAACUGAAAGCCAAGGUAGACAGAAGGUUUGGGACAGAAUUCCCAAAUAGGGAGGAGUGAAUUUCAGAGUUAGCUUUUAGGGGAGGAAAGGCCUCUGUACCUGUGAGCGGUGUUUAACAUGGAUGGUGAAGGCACACCAUCAGUUUGAAGUGACAUCAGCCUCACAUGUGAAUAGGACAGUCAUCACCCUGCAUCCUGUCACUGGUGAUGGAGAGGCAUGACAUCUGUGACAGCCGCGACCAGAGCUGUGAAGAUGAACCACAGCAGCCUGUUUCUGUUAACCCGUGACUUGUCAAGGUGUCUGAGCAAUAGAAAGGAAGAUUUUAAAAAUAAAGCAAGCAAGGACCUGACUCAAGUAAAGGUGGCUGGAGGUAGAACAAGAAAACACAAGUAGCUAAAAAGAAAUCGUACGAGCAGGGCAGUGUCCCGGGCUGGCUUCUAGUCCAGUGUUCACAAACAGUAACUGCUGGCUGAGGGCACAUAACUAAAGUGAGAGCCCUGGGGACUCCUGAGUGACAAAGACGCCAGCCAUAGUUGCUCCCGAGGGGUCACAUGGUGUUGAGGCGGGGCUGAUGUACCCACACUGGGGAGGAGCACUUGGGCCUGAGCCUUCAAGGAGCCCAACAAAAAGUUGUCGCAAUUCAGCAGCCAUUCCUAACCAAAUCAAAGACCACCAUGGUGCAAGGCUACUGUGACCUAAGAGUCCGCCUCAACAUCAGUUCUGGACAGUUUGGGUUCUCGUAAGACCUGGAGCAAUAAUCAACGGAGUCGGAGGGAGCUAGAGGAGCCCGAGGACAGGCCUUCUGUGUAUUCAUCCGCACAAGUCAGGCGCAGAGCCUCCUCUCAGCAUUUCUAGAGAGCCUUGCGGGGAGGCGGGGAGUUCUCCAGAUCGAGAGUCACAAAUUCAAAUGGCCACAGGAGCUGGACAGGCAAGCCGAAGGGGUGAAGCAGUCCGUGUGGGGAUGGGUGAGCUGGAGAGAGUGUUCUGCCUCUGAACAGGGCAGCCCCCCGCUCAGCUGUGGCUGCAGGUUGCCUAAUCUCCCAGAAGCCAGAAAUCUGAAUUUUUACAUCAACUCUUGAUUUUUCAGUGUUGGCAGCAAGCCGAACCAAACAUAGCUACAGGCCAUGUCUGGCCCGAAGGCCUCCCAGUCCGCAGGAAGAACUGUCCAGGUGCCACAGGGGCGAGGCCCCGGCGGGAGGGGUGGGAGGGGCGGGGAUCCGGCCAGCCUGACUGGAGAACAGUGGGAACUGCGCCAGUUGGCAGUACCCUGGUCUGAUGAAGAGCACAGAGAGAAGAGCAGGGGGUCUUUCUCACGGAAGCAAGCAUGGCCUUCAAGGAGCCCAGAUAAGAAUCAAAGAUGCGAUCACUCAGGUGGCUCAAGAGGGAAAGGAUUUAUUAGCCCGUUUCCAGGGCAGGGAGCCAGGGGCAGUGGUGGGAGUGUGGUGGUCUCACAUUCAGAGGGAAGAAAAGGCAGCAGUAAAACCCACCUGACUGCCUUCACUCAUUCUGAUCUACACAGCUUUGUGCUCACAAAAACCAUCCUCUUGUCCUGCAGGGAGGACACAGGGCCUGGGAUGCUGACCUAGGAGGUUGGGAAUGGCUUGGUUUGACUCGUGGCCUUCCAAGGCAGGGAGUAAAACUUGGGUUAGAAGGGACAGGCUGAGGGAGCGGCAAGCCGUCCUAAAGGUCUACAGCCCCACGUGCGGGCUGCUCCCACCCCUUGACGCUUCCGGGAGAUUUUAACUUUAUUUAUAAACAAGACAAAAAUCCAAGCAGCAUUAAUUUAGGGGAACAAAGAAAGGUUUAAAAAA